ACCUCAACUCGUCCAUCUUUGUUUACUAACAACAUAACCUCACUUAAUCAAACAACACAUUUCUCAUCAUUUUGAAUUAUUCAAUUCAUUGAAAGAAUAAAUUUUGAUUAAAAAUGGCAUCUACAAGCGGAAAGAGAAAGAAAUACGACGAUACCGGUGGUUCUUCCGAUGUAGAUAUAAAAGAGAAAGAAGUGUUGGAAGAUAUCAAAGAAAGGGAUGCUUUAGCGGAACGAAUCAAGCAAAGGGAUUUAGCUCAGGUUAGAAAUGUUGUUCAUGCUUCUGAUCGAAAAUCGUUUGAAGAGGCCGCAAAAAGGCUUAAAAUGGAACUUGAGGAUAGGGAUAAACUUAUUCCAAAACUACGGUUAGAGUCAAGAAGGAAAUAUUUGGGGAAUCGGAAAGUUAGUAAAGUACAAGAAUUAGAAGAUGAUAUCAGAGAUGAUGAGUAUUUAUUUGAAGAGGAUAUAUUAACAGAAAGAGAAUUAAAAGAUAGGCAACACAAAAAGGAAUUGUUAAAGUUAGCUCAAGAACAUGAAGAAGCCAGCAAAUUGGAAAGAGUUGCCAGAUAUCAUAUGCCAAGGGAUUUGGGUAAAGGCUCAACUUCAGAUUAUGUAGAAGUAGAUGAAUUAGAAAAAGUACCUCAAUCCGAACAGAAAAAAUGGGAAAAGGAACAAAUGGAAUCGGCUGUAUUUUCAUUUGGGGCUAAAAACAAGGGAAAAAAAGACGAAUAUGAAUUAUUAUUUGAAGAGGAUCAAAUUAAUUUUAUUCACACAUUGCAAAUUUCAGGUCAAAAAGAUACCGAUUUUAAAGAACCACAACUAAAAGAAUCUGAAAAAAGACUGCUAGAUAUUGAAGAGACAAAGAAGAGCCUUCCAGUUUAUCCAUUUAGAGAUCGUAUUAUUGCAGCUGUUAAGGAGCAUCAAGUUUUAAUUAUUGAGGGUGAAACUGGAUCUGGAAAAACUACACAAAUUCCUCAGUAUUUGUAUGAAGCUGGGUUUACAGAAGGAGGUAAGAAGAUUGGAUGCACACAACCCAGAAGAGUCGCUGCAAUGUCAGUAGCCGCCCGAGUAGCCCAAGAAAUGAACGUUAAAUUAGGAAAUGAAGUUGGUUACGCGAUUCGUUUCGAAGAUUGCACAACGGAAAGAACCGUAAUAAAAUACAUGACAGACGGAACAUUACACAGAGAAUUUUUAUCCGAACCUAGCCUAGAAUCUUACAACGUUAUGAUAAUCGACGAAGCCCACGAAAGAACGCUUCACACCGAUAUCUUAUUUGGAUUAGUAAAAGAUAUAGCGAGAUUUAGACCCGAUUUAAAAUUAUUGAUAUCAAGCGCUACGUUAGACGCGAAAAAAUUUUCAGAUUUUUUUGAUAACGCCCCGAUUUUUCGUAUUCCCGGACGGCGAUUUUCGGUUGAUAUAUAUUACACACGGGCGCCGGAAGCCGAUUACGUCGACGCUUGUGUCGUUUCCGUUUUGCAAAUACACGCAACGCAACCAUUAGGAGACAUUUUAGUCUUUUUAACCGGUCAGGAAGAAAUUGAAACUUGUCAGGAACUCUUACAAGAUCGCGUUCGACGUUUAGGAUCAAAAUUAAAAGAAUUACUUAUUUUACCUGUUUACGCAAAUUUACCAAGUGACAUGCAAGCGAAAAUUUUCGAUCCAACCCCACCGGGUGCUCGAAAAGUUGUUUUAGCAACAAAUAUUGCGGAAACUUCGCUAACAAUCGAUAAUAUCAUUUACGUUAUUGAUCCCGGUUUCGCAAAACAAAACCAUUUUAAUUCUCGAACUGGAAUGGAAAGUUUGAUGGUAGUCCCAAUUUCGAAAGCUUCCGCAAAUCAACGUGCAGGAAGAGCGGGGAGAGUCGCUCCGGGAAAAUGUUUUCGAUUAUAUACAGCGUGGUCGUUUAAAAACGAAUUAGAAGAUAAUACAAUCCCGGAAAUUCAAAGAAUUAAUCUCGGGAAUGCUGUGUUAAUGUUAAAAGCUUUAGGAAUUAAUGAUUUGGUUCAUUUUGAUUUUUUGGAUCCACCCCCUCACGAAACGUUGGUUUUAGCUUUAGAACAAUUGUAUGCUUUGGGUGCUUUGAAUCAUCAUGGAGAAUUAACUAAGUUAGGGAGACGUAUGGCUGAAUUUCCCGUUGAUCCUAUGAUGGCAAAAAUGAUUUUAGCGUCGGAAAAGUAUAAAUGUUCGGAGGAAAUUGUAACAAUAGCUGCAAUGUUAUCGGUUAAUAGCGCAGUGUUUUAUAGACCAAAAGAUAAAAUAAUUCAUGCUGAUACUGCAAGAAAAAAUUUUAAUGAUUUAGCCGGCGAUCAUUUGAGUUUAUUAAAUGUUUAUAAUCAAUGGAGAGAUACUGAUUAUUCUACGCAAUGGUGUUAUGAAAAUUUUAUUCAAUACCGAUCGAUGAGGAGAGCAAGAGAUGUGAGAGAACAAUUAGUUGGUCUUAUGCAAAGAGUUGAAAUUGAUAUGGUAUCGAAUGCGACAGAGUCUGAAAAUAUAAGAAAAGCAAUAACAGCUGGAUAUUUUUAUCAUGUUGCAAGAUUAUCUAAAGGUGGUGGUUAUAAAACCGUUAAACAUAAUCAGUCCGUUUCAAUUCAUCCAAACAGUUCUUUAUUCGAAGAGUUGCCACGUUGGGUGUUGUAUCACGAAUUAGUCUUUACAACGAAAGAGUUUAUGCGACAAGUAAUCGAAAUUCAAAGUAAAUGGUUGUUAGAGGUAGCACCGCAUUACUAUAAACAAAAAGAGUUAGAGGAUUCGGCAAAUAAGAAAAUGCCGAAAGUGGUUGGGCGUAGCACAAAAACCGAUUAAGAUGUUUUGAAGUAAUAAAAGAAAAUAUAUCUUUCUUUUAAUCAUAUAUUUUAAGAGAGUACACAGCUUGUAUAUAUAAUUGUAAUAAAACGAAUGGGAUAUAACAAAUAAAACAAAAAAAAAAAUUAAAGUAAUAAAAAGUAUGUUUAACGUUCCAAAAAUGUACACAAUAAAAAAAUAACGUUAAAGUUUAUGAGAUGAACAAUUUCAUCUUAUUGCAGCCUAACCUACAUUUCAAGAUGAUUUUUUUUUCUUAAUUAAUCUUUUUUUAAUUUAUUUCCCUCUCCAUUCUUUAGCAGUCUAAUAUUAUUAAGUACACUCAUUUAAACAUUAAGAUUUUUUUGCGGC